AUGUUCGAAAAAAUUCUCUUCGCAAACUGCAUAUUGCAAUUGGCUUGGGCAGCGUGCCUGGAAGAUGAUGGAAAUCCGGGGACUCAUGACACUACUAAGUGUAAAAAGGGUCACUGUGAUGUAUCCAUAGGAGAACAGCCUUAUUGCUCAAAAUGUUCCGUGGAUAACGAACACCUUGUUGACGGAACGUGUGUAGUGAGUGCAACGGAUCAAGCAAAUACGAAGUGCAUUGAUCCAGUUGAAGGAAAGUGCGGAUCUUGUAAAGAUGGAUACUUCAUGUACAAAAGCGGAUGCUAUAAUUCGGGAGGUUCUCCAGGGAACGAAAUGUGUACUAGUGCACCUGAAGGAAAAUGUAGCACUCCUGCAGCUGGAUACUUCAUCAUUCCAACAACAGAUGCAGACGCCUCUCAUCAAUCUGUCGUGUCGUGCAGUGACAGUGAGGGAGCGAACGGGAAAAGCGACAAGAUUUAUAAGGGCGUGGAAGGAUGUGCUGAAUGCACACUAGAUAACUUAGCUACCACCGCGACCUGUACUAAGUGUACGACUGACUUUCUACACGCCCCAAUCGAAGGUGGAACUGCAUGUCUGACUGAAUGCCCGGAAGGAUACUUCGGGCACACAGCAACAAGUGGAAAGCAGCUAAAGACUUGCCAGUCGUGUAGUUCGCCUGAAGCAAGCUUAAUUCCAGCCGCGACAGGGGUGCCAAAUUGUGUCAAAUGCACAUAUGAUACUAAGGUUGUCUGUGAAAAAUGUGAUCAAGACAAAUAUCUGAAGACAGAAUCGGGGACAACCUCUUGUGUUAGCGCAGAGGAGUGUAAGGAUGGAUUCUUCCCCACAGCCGAUGCACAGGGCAAGAAGGUGUGUGCUAAGUGCAGCGAUACUGUCAAUGGUGGCAUAGAGGAUUGUGCAAAGUGCUCUCUCAAGGCAACUCCUGCAAGCGCAGGCCCACUAAUCACGUGCUCUGAGUGCACCACUCACAACCUGAGCCCCCUGAAGGACGCGUGUCUAACAGCCUGCCCUGCCGGGAUGUAUGCCAACAGCAAGGUGUGCACCCCCUGCCACGAGUCGUGCGCAAGCUGUAGCAAUGACGCAGAAGCGUCGUGCACGGCCUGCUAUCCGGGGUCUGUGCUGAAUCGGUCGUCUGGUGACACAGGAGCGUGCAUAAAAGAGUGCACGGGAAGGUACGCAGAGAACUGCGAGGCUGACCAGUGCAAGGCCGUCGUAGGUGGCUCCAAGUACUGCAGCAGGUGCAAGGCCGGAUACGUCCCAGUGGACGGCGUCUGUGUGUCGACAACGACAAGGGCGCCGACUGGAUGCACGCCGGGUGACGGAGUAUGUACUGCGUGUACAGGCUCAUACUUCCUGCAAUCGGGUGGGUGCUACAGCGCCGGAGCCUUUCCGGGUAAUACGCUGUGCACAACGGCUAGCGAUGGAAAGUGCCAGACAUGUGCCAAUGGGCAAGCAGCAGAUACCACUUCGGGUUCCUGCCCGGCGUGUCCGGAUGGGUGCUCAAAGUGCGCGACUAGUGGUAGUCCCAAAGCAUGCUCAGAAUGCCUCCCCGGAUACUAUAAGUCCGGAAGUAGCUGCGUGAAGUGUGAUGCUAGUGCCAACGGAAUAGUUGGUGUGCCUAAUUGCAUAAGCUGCGCUCCUCCGGCUGGUGGUAGUGGCUCUGUUACUUGCUAUGUCAAAACAGACGGCACUAGUGGUGGUGAUGAUAACACCGGUGGUAGUACAAACAAGAGUGGCCUCUCCACAGGGGCCAUAGCAGGGAUCUCCGUUGCUGUGAUUGUUGUUGUAGGUGGUCUCAUAGGCUUCUUGUGUUGGUGGUUCAUAUGUAGAGGGAAGGCGUAA